AAACGUAGGUUAUGGGGUCAUGUUGUUAUUUUUACAGGGAAUUUUACAGGAAAUGUUCUGGGUCAGUUGCAUACUAUUUGAGUAAGGAUUUGCCUUCAGUUUUCAUCAAAAGUGAAGAAAUAACAUCAGAUGCCAGGAUAUGUCAAAUACUCAGGAAAACAGUGAGGCACUAGCUCUCUCAGGUUGGACUGUUGUUGAUAAUCAAGGAGAAAUACUGUCAGGAGAUGUAGACUCUGAAUCAUCUGAAAGUUCUAUUGAGGUGGUUCAUUGUGAAGGAGAUGAGACUGUCUCAUAUCAUUUGAAAAACAGAGACCUUCAGUCAGGAGAGUUGAAAUUGCUAGAUCAUGGAAGUGAUGACUUGCAUUACACGUCAUCCAAUGAUGAAAAACUGCAUGAUAUUCUCAACAUCUCCUGCUCUUCAAAUCAAGAACAAGAGGAGGAAUAUAUUGCAGAAUUAUCCAGACAGGAAGACACACAUUUAGAAGUCCAGUCGAGUUUGUGUGAUGCUGUUAACAAUAGUAGUGAGGAAGUGGGCAUUCCAACAUCAGCUGGGUCCUUUGGUACCCCUGGACCGUGUGUCUCUGAGGUAAACGAAGAGUUUCCCUUGCAGCAAGGUGAUCCAGCAGGUUGUAGUGAGGAACCAGGAGGUUCUGAGUUUCAUUCACCUUUACCUACACCAGAUGCUGAAGCAGUUGCUGGCAAUGAUGGUGAAGUAGUUGAAAGUAUGGGAGCCUGCUGUCUUGAACUGUUAACUCAGAGACAGCCUAGUGAUUUAGUAGACAGCAGUUCAACUGAGGAAAAGGCAUCUUCUCCUUGUUCUGUAACUUUCGAAGACACAGGCAUUGUUAUGUCACCUGUCAGUGACUUAACAGGAAGCGAUACAGAUUCAGAUUUCGUUCGGUUGGAUUCAGAGGAAGACAGUGAAAAUGUACAACCACCUGCUUCUUCCAUUGCUCCAAGUUUCAGUUUUAUGAGGGCUUCGGUGUAUGAACAGCACAGAUUUGACAAUGCAGAAGAAGAAGAUCAAGAUGAUGAUACAGAGUCCUCCAAUGAAGAAGGUGUUGACGAUCGCAUUGAGAGUGAGCAGAGUGAGACUGGUUCCCUCUCAGCUCAUAAUGAUGUUGGAGAUCUGUCAGUCUUUGCUGAUAUUGGCGACUUACCACUAGAAGCUGGUCCAAGAAAUUACAUUCAUUGCCCAAACAACCAUUUGAGUACCAUCCUCAAUAUUAUUGUGGUCCUUGCUGCUAUCCUCACUAUGGGUAUUAGCUUAGGAAUCAUCAUGGCUACUGACCUGGAGAUUGAAGAGUGGCAAACAGCCUACGAGGUACAGUCAAUAAAAGUUUACCAACUUCAGAGCCAGAUCAAAGAGCUCCAGAAGGGUGAAAGAAAGUUGCAAGAGCUCAACAGCAUUAUGGACAAGUUAAAGCUGCAGGUUGGAAGUUAUGAUACAGCUUUACAUAUUUUAGCAACAGAUGGUGAAGAAGAUGGUAAAAGUUCUGGAGAUGGAUUUUCAAUGAUUAGAAAAGUCAUCACAGAUUUCGUUGUUUGUGAAGAACUGAGUCAGGUCAUGAGGUAUCAUUGCUACUUAAAGCUACGGCCAUUCAUUGAAAGCUACAGCAUAAUGAAAAUUGAAGAGCAGCAACAACAUAAGCCCACAUAUGCAAGCACCACAUAUGAUACUCUUGUAGACCUGGACAAGGUGACACAGGAUGAUAGACUUGUGCAGGACAGCCAAGACAUUGAAAAACCAGUCUCAGAAGGUCACAGUGCUGCUGACUUCUUACAAAAAAGUAGAGCAGCUCUUCCCAUUCCUUUAGAUAUCAAACAACUCCAACAGUCUUUAACAAGAGAACAGGAGCGAGCCCUGCGCUGGCAGCAGCUGUACUUGUUGGAGCGCCGGCAGAAGGAGAGGGAGAGGGACAAUGAGGAGCUGGAAGAUGAAAGAGACAGGGAACAGUGGGAGAGUGAGAAGGAACAUGCAGAGCACGUGGAAUGCAUUAAGAGGCUUUUAUCCACCAAUAUCACUACAUUAACUCAACACAUUGCUAAAUGGAAUGUUUCAGUUUUUGAUGAUUUUGCUAAUCUUUCCUUGCUUUUAUCUGGAGUUGCUGAAUUGAAACAGUCUGUUUUUGAUUCUGUACACAAAGUUUGGGAAGGUGCUGAAGAUUUGAUCAAUAAUUUACAAAAAAAUACUUUAGAAAAGUCCCCUCUAAAAUCUUUGCAAGAAACAGUACCGAAUAAAACAAUGAUUAUGGAUUACAUCAACGUAAUUUUAAACGACAUCAGAAGGGGGAGUGAUAAAGACACACUUGUAGACUACCUCCAGGAGAAGCUCAUCAUCCUGAAACGCAGCAUUGAUAGGAUGUCACAUUCAGACCCUAUACACACCGCUUGGAAGAGGGUUGAAGAGAUUUUACUUCAAUUUGCUAAGGUCACUUUUGACACCCAGAAGUGGGGUGAUGUUGCACUGGAUAAGGAUACUCUGGUCAUGUACGUAACAGAUAUUAUGGAAGAUUUUAAGCAGUUGUUGGCUGCAGAUUUUAAUCUGAAUGGUGAAGAUGUACUAGAAAGCAUUGUUAACGAAGAUGAACAUUACCCUUUCGACAACAUUGACCGAUCCUACCAUUUUAGUCAUAAAGCAUCUAUGCCACAUGAACCAACACCCCCAUACAGCAGGGAUAAGAAAGAUGGUUAUUGGCCACGUCGGCUUGGGAAGCUUUUAAAGAAAACAGGGGCUUCUGUUGGUAGAAAGGUGGCUAACACUUGGCAUAAAAUCAAGAACAUCUGGCAUGAGAAGAAACCUUCUUUGGUGAGAAUGGUUGAAAGUUUGGGUCACAAUGUCAUCCAGGUAUCAUCAAAGCUUACAAAACUAUGCACCGAUCUGCCAAAGUCUUUGUUGAGUAAAGGAAAGAUAGAGCUGGAUAUCCACAGUAAGUGUGUAUCUAAGGUUAGAAAAAUGUAUCAGCAACAGCUUCUACAAAAUCCUUGCAGAACUCUAGGCAAAUUUAGUGCUGAAUGCAAUGCUGAUAAGAAACAGGUUAAAAAGAUGAUAAAAACCAUCAACAGUGAGUUUUCUCGCCUUUUAAAAGUUACGCCCAUAUAUCUAGAAAAUGUUAGAAAAAUGAAACAACGUAAAUUAGAAAUACUUCAAAGAAAUUUCAAAGAUUUUUAUAAUGUGAAUGCCAACUCUAAGUUACUUCUGAAAUCAGACCUAGAGUGGGUUAAGUGUCAGAAUCAGUGGCUUUCAACAGCAUUUCAGCACAAGAUGAAUCCAAAAUACCAUGUGGAAGAAAACAAGUGUGACUCAAUCAAACCUGAAGUUGCCUUUGAGGCACAUUGCCACACUCAAGCUGAGCAGGAGGACAAGAGAGAGGGGAAUAGUGCACAACAGCAUUUUGUCAAUAAAAAAGAUGGCUCUAGUUUUAUGGGACAAACUUCUUUUGCUAAUGGUAAAGAUGGAGGAGAUAACCCUGAUAUACAAGGGGAUGCUACCCGAGCUAAUACACAUAUUACCCUGCGCUAUCUUUCAGAUUUUGAAACAUCUUUUAAGGAAAUUAAUAUGGAUAGCGGAGAUUCAUUAGAAAACAAUAAUACCAAUGCUGAAGAAGAAAACUGGCUACUGGAAAGAGCAAGAUAUAGAUUAAAUGCAAGAAAAGAGAGAGAACGAGCGGAAUGGAUUUUUAACAAAGCAUCCGAUAGAGAACUGCAGCGAAGACUUGACUCUCGUCAGUAUGAGAAAUCUCAAUGGUACUUCAACAGAAGAGCGAAAACAUUUGCUUGUGAUAAGGCUGACAAGCAUUGUGAUAAAAGCUACAUCUUAGAAGAAGAGCACGGUCCAUCAGAGAACUGGUACACCAGACAGGCCUAUGAAAGGCAGAAGGUGAGGGAAGAGGAAAAGUUGUCUGAUUGGUACUUUGAACGAGCAGCUGAACGAAGGAAACACCACAAAACCUUUUAAACAUCUAUUGUGGCCUUUAACAGCAUUCCACAUUAUCAGCAACCACCUUCAACCAACAUAAAGAAAAAAGUGGAAAAAAAAUAUAUUAUUUUAUAAGCAAGAAAUUAAAAGCCCACUGAGAGUAAAACAUAUAUGAUGGACUGUCACUACUAAAAUGGAUUCACUUUUACAUUGUGAAAUUAAGAUUUUAAAAAUGAAUUCUGUUACAAGAAGAAACAAAAUCUGAAAAAUAAAUGCUAAUAAUUGUAGGCAUCUUUUGAGCCUUAGCUGUGAACAUUCAAAUUCCUGCACCUCAUUUGAUUAUUGUAUGAUAUUUAAACAGAAUGUUUUAGUGGGUCUUAUUUGUUUGCACACUGUCAGAGUUUGUUGUGUUCUCCACAUAUAAGCAAUAUGUAUAGUGUGCUUACUAAACUUGGAUAUUGUCUUGUUUCUAACCCCUGAGUCGAAUAUAUUUUUGUAUUUGUUUUAUACUAAAUUGUUCUAAUGUAUUUUAAAGUAAGCGACUUUGAAAAAUUGAUUUACUAAUUACUGCUAAAAAAAAUUAUUCUUUUGCCUCAUGCAUCAACUAAUGAUAACAUUCAGUAAUGUUUACCCACUCAUCAUAACAUCGAGAAAAAAAAAUGUUCCUUGAGUAUUGCUUUUUAUAAUUGGAGAAAUGAUUAAUAUUUCGUACAACACUUCUAUUUAAUGUUUCUUUCAUAGUUGUCAGACUGCUGAAAUGUUAGAAAUUCAAACCCCUUGUGGUGAAAUAUAUAUCUAUUUUGUACAUUUAAAACAAAUUUAGGUAACUUUUAAAAAUAGAAAAGGUUUAGUAUUUUGUUUUGUUAGCAACACAAAUAUGUUUUGUUGCAUUUUCACCAGACACUUUUAUACUGCAGGAAACAGCUCAUGAUAAACAAAGCUUUUUUUUUACAUUAAUGUACAGUCACUGCUCACUGUCAUACAUGCUCAAGAAAAACAGCUGUUUCUUUUCAAUGAAAACUCUGAUCUUAAACAUCGUGUUUUUUUUACGCGUCUUGAAACAGGUUCAUCUACUUAACUUUGAUGUAUCAGUUAUAAAAGAAACAAUAUAUCGUCUGGUGUUAUAGUGUUUUGUAUUUUCAGUUUUGUUUUUCCCCCUUUAAAUGGAAGGUAGUGGUUAUGCAAUUUGUUUUUGGUUACGGUUUUAAUGGCUUAGGGCACAAUUUUAUUUUUUAAAGUAGGACCAGUUUUGUAGCAUAAGAUUAAGCAAACAUAACCUAGUAGCUUGUUUAACAUCAUAACACAUUGUAAAAUUAUGAAAAUGUAGCAACAGCUAUGACAUUUCUGCAUUGCUUUGUUUUGUUUUAUUAGGCAAUUAAUGUACACAAUUUUAAGAAGUAAAGCUAUUAAUAAAGUGUUUGCACAAUCUAA